AAUAAUAAAAGCACACAUUUUACAAAAGCCCAAAACAUCGACUUCGGCAAAUGUUUGGUGACAUUCAAACAGGUGUUGCAUGCUCUGAUUGAAAAUGAUUUGGUUUGUUGGAGUGCAAUGAUAUCUGGUUGUGCUGAAAGUGACCAUCCUCAUGAGGCUCUUAAAUUGUUCAAUAAAAUGCUAUGGCGUAGAAUAGUGUCUGAUCAGAUCACAAUGCUUAGUGUCAUUUCUGCUUGUUCUCAUGUCGGCACACUCGUUAAUGCAAAAUGGAUUCAUACCUAAGCGGAUAAAAAUGGGUUUGGAAGAGCUAUGUCUGUUAACAAUGCACUCAUUGAUUAUGCCAAAUGUGGGAACUUGGAAAAUGCAAGAGAGGUAUUUGAGAAUAUGCCUAGGAAAAAUGUGAUAUCUUGGUCUAGUAUGAUCAAUGCCUUUGCCAUGCAUGGAGAUGCUAAUGGUGCAAUACACCUUUUCCAUAAUAUGAAAGAAGAAAAUAUUGAGCCCAAUGGCGUUACAUUUAUCGGUGUCCUUUAUGCUUGUGGUCAUGCAGGUUUAGUUAAGGAGGGCCAAAAAUUAUUUUCAUCCAUGAUUAAUGAGCAUGACAUCUCUCCCACUCCUGAGCACUACGGUUGCAUGGUUGACCUGUAUUGUAGAGCCAAUCUCUUGAGCAAAGCCAUUGAGCUUAUCGAAACAAUGUCGUUCGCACUGAAUGUUAUCAUUUGGGGAUCCCUUAUGUCUGCUUGUAAAGUUCAUGGUGAGAUUGAGUUAGGGGAAUUUGCUGCCAAACGACUUCUUGAGUUAGAGUCUGAUCAUGAUGGAGCACUUGUGGUUUUGUCAAACAUCUAUGCCAAAGAAAAAAGGUGGAAUGAUGUUGGACUCAUCAAGAAAUCAAUGAAACAUAAAGGUAUCUCAAAAGAGAAGGCAUGCAGUAGGGUUGAACUAAAUAAUGAGGUACAUAUGUUUAUGAUGGCUGAUAGAUAUUAUAAACAAUCCAAUGAAAUUUAUGAGAAUAGUACCUCAGGCAUUUUGAUUGAUUUAGAAGAGGAAGAUAAAAAAGAAUUGGUUCUAUGGCAUAGUGAAAAGCUAGCACUUUGCUAUGGGCUAAUAAGUAGGAGGAAAGAAUCAUGCAUUUGCAUAGUUAAAAAUCUUCGAAUAUGUGAAGAUUGUCACUCCUUUAUGAAGUUGGUCAAGGUGUAUCAAGUACAGAUUGUUGUGAGAGAUAUGACUAGGUUUCACCAUUAUAGUGGUAGUAUUUGUUCUUGUAGAGACUAUUGGUGAUCCUUUCUAUUGAAUUAUUAUAUUGUCAAAUCCUCACUUUUUAUGCAUGUCAUGUACUCUUGGAGAUAUUAUUGCAUGUUUUGGACGUUAGUA